CGAUCACUUCGCACAACCGUAACACUUCAACAUCGACACUAUUAUCUUUCAACUCGAUAGUUGAUUGCCUGUCUGUUGAUACGACGACAACCACGAUGAGACAAUCGACGUCGAUCGCCGCGAUCGCCCUGCUCGGGUCGACAUGGGCUGCCCCGACCUUUGACGGUCAGACCGUCUUUGGCGUCAAAGGCGGUGCGGGGGACCAAGAACCGCCUUCGCAUCCUAUCCCUCAGAAACCUGACACUGGCAUGUUCAACCCGUUGCACCACCUGUCGGCCUUGUCUCCUUACUAUGUGCCAUCGAAAGAGAUCACCCCGUUGCCCAACCCGACCUGCAACGUGACGACCACCUCCAUCCUCAUCCGUCACUCGGCCAUCAUGUCGAACGAUGACGAUCGCGAAGAGUUCAUGCAACCGUUCAUCGACAAGGUGGCCGAAUGGGAGACCGACGUCUUCCCCCAGCCUCCGGCCGAGUGGAACAUGACGGACGAGAUCAAGAGGUGGAAGCGAGAGGGCACGUUUGAUGGGGAUGUCGGAGAGAGGAAAUGGUGGUUCCUGUCCCAGUGGAAGACUCCGAUCGAGGAGGAGAUUGACGAAAAGCUCAGCGACCGAGGCAAGGAGGACGCUUUCGCCUUUGGACAAGCCGUCCGAUCGUCCUACUCUCACUUGUUCCCGGCGCCUCACACUGGCAAGCCCCACAAGGGAAAGAAGCCCAUCGAGUUGAUCGACAUGCUCGAAACCUCCGAAUUCGACGAGCUUUUCGAGCCCAAGCACCACCACGGUCACCACAAGAAGGACAAGCAUCACCGAAAGCACAAGCACCACCACGAUGAUGAUGGCCACAAGAAGAAGCGACCCUCCAAGGAUCCCAAGCACAAGAAGCCCUCCCCGCCUUACAAGAUCUGGACGGCCUCGAGCGAGCGGGAUAUCGAGACCGCCACCUCGUGGAUCAAAGGCGCUUUCCCUCGCAACCAAACCGGUAAAGAGGGCGAAGGUGACGGUUACCACGUCCAGCUCGUCAAGGUCCCCAACAAGCUCGGCAAAGGUUGGAAACGAUCCUUGACCCCGCACAAGGCUUGCGAGGCGUUUGACAAGAAGCCCUCGUUGGAAAAGGCUGCCGAGUGGUUGCACGUCUUUGCGCCCAGGAUCAAGGACCGAUUGCAGGGUGUCGUACCCAAGGUCGUCGAGAGGAUCAGCGACGAGGACGUGUUGAGCAUGUUCAUGCUCUGCGCUUACGAGUCGAUCGACCAGGGUUGGUCUGGUUGGUGUGGUGUGUUUACUGAAGAGGAAUUCAGGGACGCCGAGUAUUACUUUGACGUUCGAUUCCACUACAUGAUGGGAUACGGUAACGAGCUAUCUUCCAUCCUCGGUGCUCCCUGGAUCAAGACUGCGCGACACUUGAUGGCCGGCGAGGUCGAAGACGACCGAAAGGGGCACUCUGCCGAUCACAUGUCGAGCGCCAUGAAGAAGAAGAAGAACAAGAAGGGCAAGAAGGAGAAGAAGCCUGGUGAUGGUCUGCCCGAGCCUACUCAGCCUCCUAACGGAACCCACUCGCAAUUGCUGCACGCCUUCUUUACUCACCGGGAGUCUCCCGCUUUCUCGUCUACCGUCCUUAACCUGUACAACUCUACCGACGAGGCUCUCGGACCCUCGGCGUUCUUGCCUCCCCCUACGGAUCACCGCCCCGAACCCCGCCAAUGGCGGACCAGCGAGAUGGUCUCGUACCUUAGCCACAUCGCUCUCGAGCGAUUCUCCUGUGCCCCCGGCUCCGAGGGUGUUCCUAUCUCGAUGCGUACCGGAGACGACGAGGACGAGGAGCCCUCGUUCGUCCGUGCCAUGGUCAACGGACAACAGGCCAACAUGCACGGAUGCGAGUCGGGUCCCGCUCAGAGCUGUGCUUGGGAGGAGUGGAAGGAGUGGAUCGACGACAGGCUGGAGCAGUACUCUGACUGGGAAGGCAACUGUGACAAGGAAAAGGACGAUGAGUAGAGCGUGGACCGAACUUGUCGAGGGAGUUGGAAGUCGAGCAGGUUUUCGAUAGUCUCUUAGUGUACCCGUAUACCCAGACCAAAGGGUCGUUAAAAAAGAUGAGCAGUGCCAUUUGAUCGUGUUAAGCA